CUUUUCAGUGUUGCUUCCGAAGGACACGUACUUGUGAAACGCGCGGAUUAACUUCAAGUUGUUUGAAGCGUGUGAAUUUGGUCGAAAUCUUCGAAACAUAACAUCAAAAUGGCUGGUACUCUGUAUACAUACCCGGAAAAUUUUCGUGCUUACAAAGUACUGAUUGGCGCUCAAUAUUCUGGACUUCCUGUGCAAGUUGCUGCUGAUUUCGUAUUUGGAGAAACUAACUACAGUGAACCGUUCCUGCAGAAGUUCCCAACCGGAAAGGUGCCAGCAUACGAAACGGAGGAUGGGAAAUACUUAACGGAAAGCAAUGCUAUUGCUUAUUAUGUUGCAAACGAACAACUUAGAGGAACGAAUGACUUUCAUCGUGCAGAGAUCCAAUCGUUCUUAAGUUUCGCCGAUAAUGAGUUACUUCCUGCUGUGCAAGGAUGGACGUUCCCGCUCAUUGGAAUUGUACCGUACAAUAAGAACAACGUUGAGCGAGCUAAGGAAGAACUACGCCGCGGAUUGUCCAUUCUUAAUAAUCGAUUGAUGAAGCAAACAUUUUUAGUUGGAGAACGAGUUACGCUUGCUGAUAUUGUGGUAUUUACCACUCUGCUACACGCUUACGAGUAUGUACUAGAUCCUUCUUUCCGUACACCGUUUCGAGCGGUUACUCGAUGGUUCACAACUGUAAUGAAUCAGCCACAGGUUCAAGCCGUUGUCAAAACGCCAACUCUCUGUGCCAAAGUUGCGCAAGCAGAUCCAAAGAAGUAUGCCAAAUUUCAAGCAAAAGCGAGUGGAAGCGCUAGAGCUGAAAAGAAGAAAGAGAAAAAAGAGAAGAAACCGGCCACAGAAUCCGAAUCUGAUACCGUUGAGCAACCGGAUGCGGUUGACGAGUUGCUUGCAGCAGAACCUAGGCAGAAUGAUCCCUUCGAAAAGAUGCCAAAAGGCACUUUUAAUUUCGAUGAUUUUAAGCGUUUUUACUCUAACGAGGAGGAGUCAAAAUCAAUUCCUUAUUUCUGGACUAAAUUUGAUCCAUCCAACUAUUCGAUUUGGUACGGUGAAUACAAAUAUCCGGAAGAACUAACGAAAGUAUUCAUGAGCUGCAAUCUGAUUACGGGAAUGUUUCAACGUUUGGAUAAAAUGCGCAAGCAAAGUUUUGCGUCAGUUUGUCUCUUUGGCGAAGAUAACAACAGUACCAUUUCGGGUGUGUGGAUUUGGCGAGGCCAAGAGCUGGCUUUUAAGCUUUCUCCAGAUUGGCAGGUCGACUAUGAAGUUUACGAUUGGAAAAAAUUGGACCCAUCUGCGGAAGAAACAAAGAAACUGGUUGAACAGUACUUCUCAUGGAGCGGUGCUGACAAGAAUGGCCGCAAAUUUAAUCAGGGAAAAAUAUUCAAAUAAUUUAUCGUCCUAAUUCGUUUCCCCGAUCGGAUUUAUUCAUUUAACUACAAUCAAUUUUUUCACUUUUAAAAGCUUAAUUUAACUACAACGAGUUUUUCAUCAUUGUCAAGAAUUCUAUCGUACUUGCUUCUGUAUUUACGCUGCCAUUAUCCAAUAAAACAUUCAAAACAUUUUUUGUCAAAUACGAGCUAAAAACAAAUCAGGCCUGCGUUUGUAACUGCGAAAUAAAAUACAACUUUUGUUAAAUUUAAAACUUUUUCCAUGUCUAACGAAUUACAUCAGCCACAUAUUGCAUCAUAAUAAAGUGAUCACGAUACAAAUGAAACAAUAACAAUAUUCUCGCUUACUUAAAAAU